AUGGGAACACAAGUUCAGCAACGGCUGCCUAAUGCCGAGAAUGCAAUGGCAAACGGAAAUGGGAAUGGUGACCGUAUGAUGCAUGGGUUAGUUGAGCAAUUCCCGAAACUGCGACCCCCAAAAUUUGUUGGGACAGGAGAUCAUGAAGAAGCAGAAUCCUGGAUAGACAAGCUGCAAAAGAUCUUUGAUAUGCUAAAAUGUUCCGAAGAAGAGAAGGUGACCUUGGCAAUAUACCAGUUACAGGGUAACGCCAAUCAUUGGUGGAAGGUGACGAAGGAAAUCGUGUUUCCAGAAAUUAUCACUGUAACUUGGACUACCUUCGUCGAGGCAUUCAACGGAAAGUACUUUUCCGAAUGUGCUCGGGAUAGAAAGGUGAAGGAAUUUCUGCAACUAUGGCAGGACAAUAUGACGAUGGACCAAUACGAGGCAAAAUUCGCUCAACUAUCAAGGUACGCCCCUAAAUUAUUGAAGACCAGGUGGAUAGGGCAAAGCGAUUCCUGA